UGAAAAUCGUAAAGAUUAAAGAACUGAUGAUUCUUAUUUCUUGAAAUGGGGACAUAACGUUUCAUACGACGGAAUUUUGCAAAAUGAAAGAAAAGGAAACAAAAACUGAAAUACCUAGUUUGUAAUGAUGUAAUAUGGUUGUGUGCCAAAGCUUUGAGUAAAUACUAUAUUGAACUGAGCAUACAAAUAUUAACAAUGGAAACAAAUAAUGGGCCAAGUUCGGUUAGGGGAAGCCCUUCAAGGCCAGUGAGUAAACCAGCAAGUAACAAAAUUGAAUCCCCCAAAACUGCAAACAGCAUACGAAGGUCACCACAACAACAAGACAUUCCCAAAACAGCUCAACAGGCACCCUCAAGAGCUAGUUUAGAAGUACCAAAGACGGCACAGUUAACACCACAACAGGAAGUGCCUAAAGAUGCCCAACUGACACCAUCUAGAACAUUAUCGCAAAUUCCGAAUUCGGCACAAAAGUCACAGACUCCCAAACCAACGCCAUCUGCCAAACUGGCACCAUCUAGGACGGGAUCACAUGUUCCAAAUACGGCACAGAAGUCUUCACAAGCUCUCAGACAAACGCCACAAUUGGGAACCCCUGUUCCGCAGACUGCAUCAAAUAUUCCAAGAACGGCUGUAUCACAAAUUCCAAGGACGGCUCAACAAACAUUAGGAUCACCAUCCGCUCGCAAUGCAUCUCAGCCGAGAAUUGACUCUCAAUCUAAAAGGGUGGAGACGGGAAAUAAGCCCCUCCCUUCGGGCUACCAGGCAUCGAAAGGGGGAUCCCAAGUCCCCGGUGCUUCCCAAGUUCCACCCGGUAGCAGACUGAAUACCUUGAGAACGCAAUCCCAAGCACCGAAAACGGUAUCACAUAUGCCAAGAACAGUAUCUCAGAUACCAACUGGAAGCAAAGUUGCAACUGGAACGAAUCAGGUUCCCAGAACCACAAGGACACAGGCCCCAAACACGGGAACAAAGGUUGGAUCGCGUCCCAGUCAAAGACAGUCAAAUCAUACAGGUACCAAUAGAACAAAAACUCAAGGUCAGACUAGUCAAGAAGAAGAGGAAGAAGAAGAGGAGGAGUAUGAGGGCGAGUAUUAUAACGAAGAAGAAGAUUUCGGUGAGUAUGGCUAUGAUGGAGAUAACGAAGAGGACACCGAACGAGCUGCAAUAGUUGAACCCCUGGAUUACAACGGGUGUGAUUGUUUUCCAAGAUUGUCCCGACCAGGGGGACACUCGAUGGUUUAUGAUCAGCUAAGAUGUGAACACAAUAAUUUGACAGGAUAUCAACAUAAAGGUGCAAUACGAUUUCAAGAUAACUGGGAUGACGCUGUAGCUCAAUCAGUGAGGAAAAAGAAAUUCCCAGAGAGACCACCGAGGAAAAGAACAAUACUAGGAUAUCCUCCGACCGAGCUAAGUUUCCCGGUAAAGGGAGAAAGGAGAGUAAACUACAUCGGGAAUCCUGACGACGAAGAAUAUGAAUAUGAGGACGAAGAACAUGAAGAAAAUGAAUAUGGGGAAUAUGAUGAAGACCAUGGUACAAUCGUCAACACUGCACAAUCGAGAACAAGAAACACCCGUCAUGGAAACACAAGAGGUCAGACCCAACCAGCUUCAUACAGAAGCGAAACAAAACAAAAGACUGGUGAAAUUGAGCCUUUAUCCACCGCUGCUAGGCAAACACGUGCUAAAACUGGACAAUCUCUUGAGCAGCAACAAAUCGAGGAAGAUAUCGAUAAUAUUCUUCCACCAAUCGGAAUACAGAAGCCUCACUCUCGGGAAACGUCAAGGUCAUAUCAAAGUCAGCAUUCACUUCCGGUCAUUUCACCAAACGGAAGUGGUAGAAUGACUGCCAUCGAAGAACAAUCUGAAACGAGUUCGCGCGCUACAGCCGGCUAUGAUAUGUACUCUGAUUCAAGGUCAAACACAAUGCAAAAUGGCGAAACUGGAAGCAGAGUUUCUGUAGCUCAAAGCAUGGUGAUACCUGAGAGGCAGCCAUUUCAAGGAAAAGCUUACGACCCAGUGACUAAACAGGUGUACAAUUACUACGUCGAUACAACUGGUAAAAACCGCCAAUAUGAUCGAACGCUGGACAUCUAA